AUGGGGGACUGGUCCUUUCUUGCUUCCCUGUUGGACAAAGUACAAUCCCACUCUACAGUUGUCGGGAAGGUUUGGCUGACAGUCCUGUUUGUGUUCAGACUGUUGGUUCUGGUUGCAGGGAUAGAAAAAGUAUGGGGGGAUGAGCAAUCACGUCUGGUCUGUAACACACUGUCACCAGGUUGUAAGAAUCUGUGCUACGACCGGGCUUUCCCCAUCUCCCACAUCCGCUUCUGGGUCCUUCAGAUCAUCUUCGUCUCCGUCCCAACUCUGGUUUACCUGGCACACGUCAUGCACGUCAUCCACAAGGAAAAUAAAAUGAGAAGACAACAAUCAAAAGGAAAGAAUGGAAUUGUGAAAGUGCCCAAAUACACUGACGACAAGGGCAAAGUUCACAUAAAGGGGACCUUGCUUGUCAGUUACAUGUCCAAUGUGUUUUUUAAGAUUCUAUUUGAGGUUGGAUUCAUAGUGGGCCAGUAUUACCUGUAUGGCUUUGUAUUGCCCAAUAAGAUUAAAUGCAGUGGAUACCCAUGUAAGGGAGACCAUGUAGAGUGCUUCAUAUCGCGGCCUACUGAGAAGACUAUCUUUAUCAUCUUCAUGCUGGUGAUGGCCUGUGUGUCUCUGCUGCUCAAUGUGGUGGAGAUGUUCCACCUGAUUGGAUCAAAGGUUAGGCAGGGGCGUAACAGACAGCCUCCUGCAGCUGAGAGGUAUGCACUCCAUGAUAAACACAAGCAAUUUGAUAAAGAGUCAUUCUGCUGA